CAACAGAAAACUGCUAAACGCGAAACAAGCUGCGGCGUUUUUUCUGCUCCUCGGGUACUUGUCUCCUUGUGCGUCCAGUGUCCAGGGUCCAGGGUCCAGGGUCCAGGGUCCUGCAGCAGGCAGUGCUAGGCAGGCAGGCAGGCAGUCGGCAGUCGGCAGGCAGGUUCGCAGAUACGCAGAUACGCAGUCUUUGCAUCUGCAUAAAUCACUGUGGAAAAAAACCCCAAGCCGUUGAAGCAGUCUCCCCUCCCCCCCCCCCCCCCCGCAACCACCAAAAAAACGCAGAGACAGAGACAGAGAAAGCAAAGUGAAUGUGAAAGUGAAAGUGUGUGCAAAAUGACUUGAAGUGCAACCAGAGACAGAGAGAGAGAGAGACUCAGAGAGAGAGAGAGAGAGAGAGGCAGGGUAAGAACAUUAGAGACACCUACCUGCCUCCCAUCCUCCUCCACCCCCCUACCCCCGUCCUUCGUGCCACCAAAAUGCUGCCAAGGCCUUCUCCUGCCCCACCAUACGCCCUGAGGGUGCCCGGUGCGGAGCCCCGAAUGGUAUCGAUGCCGUCUUGAAUGCGACACCAAAGACAAGAAAAACAGACAAUGUAAACGCCGGCAGCAGAAUGUAACGCAGUUUUUCCUCAUUUCCCAACAACAACAACAACAAAAACCAGCCAGCCAACAACAAAUACAAAAAAAAUAGACAGAGUUACAUUUUUUGCCACCAAUCGAUUGUCGAUCGUCGCUCAAUCGAUAACCGAAAUAAUAAUCAUCAUCACUCGAUAAGACACAAAAGCAGCCACACACGACGCAACAUUUCCGUUUGUAAGCAACAACAACAACAACAACUAAAACAACAACAAACAAGAGUUCCAGAUCCAAAAAAAUAUAUAUAGAUUAUAUACUAUAUAUAUAGAAGCAGGCAUUCAUCAGCAGUCCGUCAGUCCAGAAGAAAUUAAUUAAAGAAAAGAAAAGGAAAGGAGGGGAAAGGAGAGGAAGAAAGCAACUCCCAGUUUCGCAUCGAUUCCGAUUUGAAGCAAAAUUAAAGCGUCUGAAUUUGAUUUCUCGAUCGUCUCGUUAUCGUCUCGUCACCAUUCCGUCGCAUACAACGUCUCGGCCCCAAGGUUCCGACCAACAUCGUCUCGACUCAGUUUUCUACUCAGUUUCUACAAAUUCAGACGUAGAUCUUCAGUUAAUUAUCAUUAUAUAUCGAUUAUAUAUACAUAUAUAUUGUGCAUUUCGGCCCCCCGUUUUGGAAGAUCGAAAGGAUACAAAGAACGAAGGAAGAACAAAAAUAAAACACACACACUACGAAAUUACCUGAAAAUUUUUAAAAAUCAACCAAAAAGUCUAUGAGAGCAACAACAACAACAAAAUUAAACGCUAAAUUUUACAAGUGCAAAAUUUUCUUAUAAUUAUUUACCAAAAAAAAAAAACAAAAUCAAAACAAAAAAAUUCAAAGAAAAUUAGAAAAAAUUAAGGGGAAAGCAGAAAAGGGAGAAGGAACUGAAGUGAAGAAAAAAUUAAGAAGGAACUUAAAAAUAUGCUAAACGGAAUAUCAAAAGAAAAAAAAAACAAAUAAUGUUGUGAUGUGAUAUUUUUUCGAUGUACUUUUAUUUGAGGGUUACACCAUAUCGAGAAGUUAUCCAAUGAGAAAGCCGCUUAAAUUUUGGAGGAUCUAUGAUGGACGACAGAGAAAAAUAACGCUUUGUUUGUGAAAGAUUUUUGAGCCCAAGCAAGGAUUAUUAAACGAAAACCAAACAAAAAACCAAAAACCAAAAAUAAAAACCACGAAAAAAACGACAAAAAUCUAAAAGAAAACGACACAAAAAUAAAGUCUCAAAUUUUUCGACAACCCAAAAACGAAUCGAAAACACUUUUUGAGAAUCUUUUAAAACACCAGGAAAGGAGAAUCGGAGCAAGGAGAAAGUAGAGAGAAAGAGAAGACCAGGACGAACGGAGGGCAAAGGAAGAAAGGAAGAAAGGAAGGAAGCAAAACGGGAAUUUAAAAUCAAAUCCAAAUAAAAUUAAAUGCAAAGGACAUUCGCAUGUGUGUGGUGGUGGAACGAAGAAAAUUCAAAACAAAAUUCACAAUUAGAAAACGCAGAAAGAAACGUAGGAAACGCAGACGCAAAAUCAAACUGUCCAAAGAACCGUCGAAGCUGUCGCAACCGUCAACAGGAGGCGGCACUUUGAGCUGGAGCUGGAGAGAGAGAGAGAGAGCUGGAGCAUUUCGGCCAAGAAAAAAGUUGAGCGAAAGCAAAAUUUCAACGUUUGGCGCACAACCGAAGGGAGAGGAGAGAGGAGAGAGGAGAGCAGAGCAGAGCAGAGGAGAAGGGAAAGGAAUCUGAAGACACCUCGGGCCAGGACUGCCGCGAGCAGGAUAAAGUUUUGAACCUGAAGCUAAGCACAACGCACACAGCGAAGAUACGGAGAUACAGAGAUACAUAUACCAGAAAGUAAACCCCACUCGGACUAGACACAGAUACACAGAUACAAAGAGAGACGACAGAUAGAUAGAUAGAUAGAUAGAUCUGUCCACAGACUUAAACUUGAAAUCACGCAUACGACACUCGCUCGGAGGGGAACAGCCAGCCCAGCCAGCCAAUCGCAGAAGAGGGUUGCUGAGGGGAGCGUCGCCGCGCGAGAGAGACAGCGCGAUAGAGAGAGAGUGAGAGAGCAGAGAGACAGAGAGACAGAGAGCUGAGUGGCAAGAGAGAGAGCUGCUGCUGCUGUUUGGCAUCAUCUUAUGAUGUCAUCAGAGGAGUACGACGCGGACUGUUUCGGUUUGUACAGCGAUGAGAGCACCGUGCUGCUGAAGGCGGUCGUGGAGGCGCAACCACCACACUCAAGCAGCAACGGGCACACGACACCAACACAGGCACAGCUACAGCUACAGGCACAGGCACAGAUAAACGGCGACGGCAGCAGCACGGCGAAUUCCGGCGAGAGCAAGUACGGCGAACAGCAGAAGGAACAGCAACAGAAAGAGAAAGAGCCGAACGACUGCGACUCGGACGACUCGGACGACGUCGUGGUCGUGCUCGAAGGCUGCGAAGGCAGCAGCAGCAACAGCAACAGCAGCAGCGGAAAAGCCAGCGCCGCGAAGGCGAACAGCAAUUGUCGGAACAGUCGGACCCAUCGCAGCCCGCGCACCAGUCGGCAAAUCAUUCAUUCUUCGGCCGUCGGCAAGACAACAACGUGCGCGGCUAAAAAAAUACUUGUGCCAGCGACAGCGACAGCGACAGCCACUUCGAAGAGUUCGAAUUCAAGCGCGACCGUCGUGCCCGUGCCCGUGCCCAUACCCGUACCCGUAUCCGGUAGUAGUGCUAGUGCCAACAAAGUGAAUCGUCGUUCGCGCCACAGAUCCUUGAGCAAAGACAACCAAAACCUAAACCAAAACCAAAACCAACAACAGACCACAAGCAGCAUUUGCAAUAGCAACAAUCAUAACAGCAACAGCAACGGCAACAACGGUUGCAACAACGGCGGCACAACGGCAACCGCUGCUGGCUUCAUGAGUAGCGCUGCUGCGGCCGCUGCGGGUGCCGCUGGUGGAGCCCUGUUCCAACCCCAACCGCAGGCCAGCACGGCCAACACGAGCCCCACGCUCAGUCUCAAUCCCUCGAGCCACCAGACCGCCGCAGUCGGCGGGGGCCAACAGUCGCCGGUAGCCAGCAGUAAUUCGCCCGGUUCCGGAUCCGUGUCGGGCUCGGGCUCCGGCUCCGCCUCGUCACUGCUGACGGCUGCCUUCGGCAACCUGUUCGGUGGCUCAUCGGCCAAGAUGCUGAACGAGCUCUUCGGACGACAGAUGAAACAGGCCCAGGACGCCACCAGCGGCCUGCCCCAGAGCCUGGACAACGCGAUGCUGGCGGCCGCCAUGGAGACGGCCACCAGUGCAGAGCUCCUGAGCGCCGCUGGCCUGGUCGGCAGCCACCUGAAUGCCACCUCCAAUGCCACAUCAAAGCUGCUGCUGCACAACAACAACAGCCUGCCGGGGAGCAACAGCACGCCGCUGAGCAACGGCCUGAAUGCCUCGAUCUCGCCGGGAUCGGCCCACAGUUCGAGCCACUCGCACCAUGCCAACUCCUCGCCGAAGGGCGGCAGCAGUCGUCGGGUGUCGGCCUGCAGCGAUCGCUCCCUGGAUGGGGCGGCCUCCGCGGCAGCCUCUGCCGCCGAUGUGGCAGGGGGAUCUCCGCCGCGGGCGGCCUCGGUGAGUUCGCUCAACGGCGGCGCCAGCAGCGGCGAUCAGCAGCUGCAGCACGACCUGGUGGCCCAUCACAUGCUGCGCAACAUUCUGCAGGGCAAGAAGGAGCUCAUGCAGCUCGACCAGGAGCUGCGCACCGCCAUGCAGCAGCAGCAGAUGCAGCAGCAGGAGAAGGAGCAGCAGCAGCAGCAGCUCCACUCGAAGCUCAACAACAACACCAACGCCAGCAACAACAAUAACCACAACAACAACAACAACAGUGUGGCAGCCACGAACAACAACAACAACAUGGAGAGCAUCAACCUGAUCGAGGACACGGAGAUGGCGGACAUCAAGAUCAAGAGCGAGCCCCAGACAGUGCCCCAGCCGCAGCAGUCGCCGCACGGCAGCAGCCACAGCAGUCGCAGCGGCAGCGGCAGUGGCAGCCACAGCAGCAGCCACAGCCUGGCCAGCGACGGGAGCCUGCGCCGCAAGUCCUCGGACUCGAUGGACAGUUCGGGGGCCCGCGAGGAGGCGGACGGCGAUGGUGAGGACGAGACGGCGGUCAGGGCGAGCAGCGCCGUGGACGAGCAGCAGCAGCAGCAGCAGCAGCUGGCCACCAAGAAGGAGUCCGUCGAGGACAUGCUCGACGAGGCGGAGCUGCUGGGCAUGCACUCGACACGCGGCUCCGAUCUGGAGUCGCUGGCCUCGCCCUCGCACUCGGAUAUGAUGCUGCUGGACAACAGCAAGGACGAUGUGCUGGACGACGACGAGGACGACGACUGUGUGGAGCAGAAGCGCGACCAGGGCUGCCUCAAGAAGCC